AAUAUUCUUCCUACUCUUCCCUCCUCCAACCUUUUUCCUCCUCUUUCUCUUUGCCCCUUCUUCUUCCUCCUCUUUUUCCUUCCAGAUCUGUGUGGGUUCUCCCUUGAAAACUCAAAUCUAGGUUCUCUGCACAAGAAAGAACCCAAUUUUUGGUUCAGAGCCAUGGAAUCUUCCCCCUCUUUCUCCUUCCAUAUCUGCGUGGGUUCUCCCCUGCGAACUCAGAUCUUGGUUCUCUCUCCAAGAAUUAAACCAAUUUUCGAUUCUCUAAGUCUUGAUAGACUCCUAUAGCAAGGAUUUGGAGGAGUUCCGAACUGGGUCUGGCCAUUGCAGAAAUUAGCGUAUUUCAGAUCUAAGAAGGUCCCUGAGUUCUGCUCCUCUGGUUUUCCUCUUUGGUUCCUUUUCUCCUACUGCAAACAAAUCCACACAGGUAAA